UCCGGUCAUUUGGCGAGGCAGUGGGCACCGCGUCAACAGGCAAGGACAGUGGGCACCGAGUCAACUGGUAUGACCGCUGGCUCUGGGGUCAGCGGGACAUUGGAUCGUCUGGCUGGACAGCGGGCACUGGGUCACCAGGCAUCAGGUCAUUUGGCUCGACAGCGGGCACCGCGUCAUCUGGCAAGGCAGUGGCUCCGAGUCAACAGGCACGACAGUGAGCACCGGGUCAUCAGGUACCGGAUUGUCUGGCUCGACAGCGGGCAUCGGGUCACCAGGCAUCAGGUCAUUUGGCUCGACAGCGGGCACGGAUCAGGUACCAGGAUCAUCUGGAUCAACAGCGGGCAUCGAGUCAACUGGCCUAAUAGGAUCGUCAGGCUGGAUCAGUUCAUCAUGCUCACCACGGUAGAGGCAUCAGGCUGAAUGCCAGCAGCGCAUCAGGCCGAGUAGAGGCAUCAGGCCGAGU